AUGGCGUCUUCGAAUUUUUUAGCAAAAUCGCGCGUCGAAAUACUUUUAUGUCAAAAGAUAUUACAUAAAAAAGUUCAUGCUUCAUUUUAUUUUAUAUCGCCAAGUAUAAACUUGCAAAAAAGAAGUUAUGUUUCAGUGACUUUGCCUGUCCACUUUGCUGCUGCGAAAGGCACGACGGGAAAGAAACCAGGUGUCAAAGCUGGCGGAAGAGCGGCACCGUCGAAAAAGAAAAGCGGUUUUAAACAAACUAAAAAAGCUGCUGUCCAGGUCAAAAAAACAAAUGUAGGGCCUGGUUUCGCUAAAGUUAAUGAAAAGUAUUAUCAGCCUCUUCCGGUUGUUGAUUUGGAUGAAAUGUAUCCGGAAGUAUUCCUUCGUGACAAUGUGGGAAAAGUAUAUACUAUGACUGACUCGGUACUAUCAAAAAUAAAAACCUUUAGAUUGCCACCAGCAUUAAACCACGAAUUUGAAUUUUUCUCUCGUCCAUCUCUCGUGAUAAGAGAGAGUUCAGUUAAAUUGGUCGAUCUUUUGGAUGUAUCGUCAAAUUUACCAACUGGUGAAUUGGGAACUGGCAAGAGUACAUUACUUUUACAGGCAGUCUGCUAUACAUUGUCUUCUAAUUGGAUUGUAAUUUAUCUUUCUCACGCCAUUAGUUAUGUGAAUAGUAGUAGUGCAUAUCAAAAAAUCGAAGCAACUGGAGAAUUUGUUCAGCCAGCUCUUGCACAAAAAUUGUUGCAACAAAUUAACUUUGUAAACAGAUCAAUUCUCCAAAAUAUUAAAUUAAAGCAAAGCCAUCAAAUUCAGCGACACAUUGUGAAACAAGAUUCACCAAUCACGCAAUUAAUCGAAUAUGGCGUUAGAGAAGAAAGUGUUGCUUUCGACAAACGUGGUGCUAUCAUCGGAGCGAUUUCGAAUGCAUUUCCACCAGUUCAGAGUAAAAUUUUAGACUUCUCUUUGCGUCUGGAUGAACCGUCGCCUUGGAUUCCAUAUUCUCAGAGUCUUUUAUCAUAUGCUAAAGGACUACAGCGAUUUGACGUAGCGGGGUAUUCUAAAGAUGAAGCAAGAGCAGUUUUUGAUUUUUAUUCAAAGUCUUCGCUGUUUUACCAAGAACCUACAGAUCGAUAUUUUGCUAAAAAGUAUAUUACAAGUGAUGGAAAUGCGCGAAAGUUUUAUUUGGAUUGUAUAUCAGUCUUUCAGUGA